AGCAGGCUCCGGGAAGCGCGCACACCACGGAGAAGGAGUUCCUGCCCCACGGAACAGAAGCAGGUGAAGAUGUAUGGGGAAUGAAAGAUGCCAAGGCAAACAACCAUUGCUGUUACUGUGGCCUCCCUGUUGGGCAUUGCAGCAGGAGGCCUGAUUUUCUGGAAAGUCACCCGCCGUCAGAAACACAAAUCUUGCAUUGCACUUAACCUAGGAAGAGCAGUUCAAGAAGGAGAAAAGGAAGACCCCUUGGAAGAUUAUGUUCUCUCACUGCAUUCUUCCGCCACAAUCCCCUGGGUGGAGAAGAUUCUUGGGGCGGAAGUAGUGGUAAUUUCUGAGGCAGAGCAGUGGAAUGAAGUGGAGCCCUUUAUUCAGAAAAUGUUGGUGUGUUGUCCAGUCCUUGGAAUCGACUGUGAGUGGGUCUCAGUCAAAGGGAAGAAGGAUCCACCUGUGUCUCUCUUGCAACUGGCUGUUUACAGUGGUUUUUGCACUAUUCUUCGCUUGCCCCAGCUGACCAGAGGUGGACAGGUUCUUCCAAAGACUUUGCUGGACAUUCUGGCAGAUGGUGGCAUCCUGAAAGUUGGGGUAGGGUGUUGGGAAGAUGCUUGCAAGUUACUUCAUGGCUACAGUGUAACAGUGAAAGGGAGCGUGGACCUUCGGUAUCUAGCCAUGAGACAGAAUAAGACCCUUCCCCAAAAUGGACUCAGCCUCAAAGCUCUUUCUGAGAGGAUCCUCAGCUACCCACUUGACAAGUCUUUUCACCUGCGCUGCAGCAACUGGGAAGUAGAAGAACUAACUCCAGAACAGGUUGCUUAUGCUGCCAGGGAUACCCAGGUGUCAGUAGCUCUGUUCCUCCACCUGCUGAACUUGCCCUUCCUUCCAGCAGGCAGCAAAUAUGCUCUUCUUCCUGGUUGGGAAAAAGUCCUUGUGAUGUGUCAGGGUUUGGCAGAUGUACCUUUCAAAGGAAUAAACAGGAGUAGCUUUGGAGAUGACGAAAACACAGGAGGCCCAAAGAAAAAAAGAAACAUUCCAAAGUCAGUAAACGAUGGACAGUCCCCUGUCAACCAAGAAUCAAAGGAUCCUCGGAAGCACAAGCAAAAGCCACUGGGCACUGGAUAUUCUGUUAGAAAAUCUCCCUUGUAUGACAAUUGCUUCUUACAUGCACCAGACGGGCAGCCUCUAUGCACUUGUGAUCGCAAGAAGGCUCAGUGGUACCUUGACAAAGGCAUUGGAGAGUUAGUGAGCAUGGACCCAUUUAUUGUGAAGCUACGGUUUGAACCUUCUGGGCGCCCUGAAUCUAAAGUGGAUUAUUACUUGACUGUCAAAGAGAACCUGUGUGUUGUGUGUGGCAAAAGAGAGUCUUAUAUUCGGAAGAACAUAGUUCCUCACGAGUACCGGAAGCACUUCCCCAUCCAGAUGAAGGACCACAACUCCCAUGACGUGCUUCUCCUCUGCACCUCCUGCCAUGCCAUCUCCAAUUACUAUGACAACCAUCUCAAGCAGCAGCUGGCUGAGGAGUUUGGCGCUCCCAUUGGUUGCGAGGAGGGUGUCCGCCUCCUGGAAGACCCUAUCCGCAGGCAGGUCCGCUCAGGCGCCAGGGCUCUCUUGAAUGCAGACAGUCUUCCCAAUGCCAGGAAGGAGGAGUUGCUACAGGUGAUCAAGGACUACUUUGACUCUGUGACCGUUUCCCCGGAGAUGCUGCAGGAAGCAGCUGGACUGGAAACCAGGAUUUGCAACGAGAGCUACAUGCCACAUGGCCUAAAAGUGGUCCAGGGUUUUUCCCGCGGGGGGCUUCGCUCCCUCAUGCAGCUGGAGAGGCGCUGGCGACAACACUUCUUGGACGUUAUGCAGCCGAGGUAUCUCCCCACACAGUGGUCUGUCAGUCACAAUCAUGAGAAGCUGAUCCAAAAAUAUGGGGAGGAUCUCCAGGUCGAACUUUCUUGAAGCGUAAUGAGGACUAAUACACUAAGAAGGUGACGGGAAAUAUACUUGGGAAACUUGGGAAAGAAACUGGGGCUCUUUGUUUUCCAUUACGCGCCAAGAGCGGCUGUGCAGGAUCCUGCUCAGAUUGCCUGUCGCUUAGGAAAUGGUCAACUGUGUCAAAUCGGCAAAACCGUGAGUAAUGGUUAAAACGCAUUUUUUAAAAAGUUCUGAAUAAAUUGUAAGUACCAUUUGAACCCAUUGUUUCUCUGCUGCUUUGUUCCACAACGGCUACAGUAGCCAGGGAGGGACUUCCAGGAUCACGAAGGAUGUCAUGGUGGCAAUGAAUACUGUUUUAAAGUAACCAGUUUGUUCCCUCUGGUCCCAGUCUCCUCAGUGGACCGCAGUAAGCCUUUUUAAACUUUACCUUUGUGGUAACAGGAAAAAAGCCUUGUAUGCAAUUGAAGAUAAUGACAGAAUGGAAAGUGUUGAAAUUCAGUUCAUAUUUAAAUGUGAGCUUACCUAAGUUUGAACUUUCCAGAACAUUACGAGACCCAAAACAUAGCAAGCCUUCAAAAUGCACACCUGACUGAAUUUUGAGAUGCUGCUCUCCAGCCAAACAAUGUUUACAGAAACACAUAUAUCAGGGGAAAGUGUGCAGAAAAAUUAUUAUAUUUGCAGAAAAAAAUGUGCAUUGGUCAAAACUCUAUACAAGAAUGUGUGUGUGAGAGAGGAUAAAUUCACACUGAAACACUGAUGAAUUUUCAUGUGGCUUAAAAAAAUAAAACCCACAAAUGGCUGCAGAAAUGCAACAAACUGAUUUUAAGAUUGGAGAAAUAUGAAUCUGAGAGAACUGAGAUUGACAGGUCUGUCCAUCCCUACUUCAGACACAUGGAAGAGGAGAUUCUUACUAAAACUUACUGCAAAAUUAAACAAAAACCGACUGCUAUCUUAUUAACCAAGAACACUGUGGCAUAUGAAUUUUGAGAAGUUCAGUGGCUAAGGCCUCAUCUGCAGUAUCAUACCAUGACACAGUCAUGGCUUCUCCCAAAGAAUCUUGGGAACUGUAGUUUGUUAAGAGAUCCCAUUCCUUUCAAAGUUAACAAUUGCCAGAGUGGUUUAAUGAUCACUCCCUCCUCCCAGGGAACUCUGGGAAUUGUAGUUCUGUGAGGGGAAUCCUAAUACGCUCAACAAGCUACAAGAUAGGGUCUUCUCUGCUUGCCACAAUUAGAUCCCUAGAGCUGGAACUAAAAACAAGACUUUUAUUCAGUUGCUUAGUCCAGCAUCUGGACUGAUAGUUCAUUGACAUGAUUUUAAAACUCCUGAUGUUUGAGGUUUGCCAGGCUUGUACUGGCUCUCAGUCUGACCAAAUUAUGUCCCCUUUACACUCUCUUUGGUGUAGGAGGAAGACCAUUUUUAUUUACCCAGGCAUUUUAAAUCUUUGCCUCUUAAUGCAAUGAAUUUCAGAUCUGCAGUGUACUUUUAGUGAUGCUGUGCAUCUUGUACUGUUUUACUGGCCGCUGCUGACAUUUUUAUGCUGCUGUUUUUAUUGUUUCAUUGAUACUGUAUUUUAGUGUUUUAUUGCUGUAUGCUGCCCCCUGAACACUGAUAUUGGGCGGCAUACAAAUACUGUAAAUAAAUUGAAACAAGCUGCCUUGCAAUGGAAAGGGGGGAAUGGCUACAUGAAUCUUUACUUAACUAACCUCACAGGGUGCUGUGAGGUCUAACUGUUAUUUAUACAUACUAGGGAAUUUAAUUGGUUUUUUAAAAAGAAAAGAAAAAAAGAAAAACUGUGCUACCAGCUAUUUGUGUUCACCAUUAAUAUUUGAUUGGAGUGUCAACAUUUUGGCGCAUUUUAACAUUGUUGAAUAAAUCUUAGUUUUAAAGAAAUGA